AGCUCGGCUCAAAAAAACAUUUUUCGCAUGUGGCUAUCUCGACUUUCGCCCGCAAAAAUACGUCGUUGAGACAAAAUAGCGAUCGAGAAGGAACCGCUCUCGCCUUGGAAGUGUCGAAGUUUCGUCCUUGACGGCCUGCAGAUGCCCAGGCGCUUCACGGGCAAGCUUUUCCAGUUCCUGUUCCAACACUUGGAGUUGGGCACAUUUGGCGAGCGGCUUCGCUGGCUUGACAGAGAAUCCGGAAUCUUCCAGCUGCUUUGGAAGCACGGCAAUGGCUCAUCUGUCACACCUGCGGAGGACUUUGCCCUGUUCCAGGCCUGGCACGAGCUGAAGGUGCGAAGAAAACCAUGUGGUGGAACAGAGGCAAAGCAGCGGUUCCGGGCUGCCACCGCGAAAAUGCGUCUGGAAAUGGUGAAAAACUGGCAAGGCAUCUUUCCCGAAAAAAACUUCCAGUUCCGGCGGUUUCCAAAGGCUGACUUAGAAUAUUUGUUCAAGCACGUCGAUCUGGAUAGGGAGCUUCCAGAACCCAAGCAACGGAGCAUAAGCCUAACGCCACCUUCCACAGACACCCCAGACUCGAGUCCAAGGUCGAGCCCUCCAACUCCCCCAAUUUUGAAUACCAAAAACAAGAAAAGGCCACGACCUCCACAUCCAAGACUCAUGCCAACAGACGUGGUGGUGAAGAUUGAGCCACCAGAUGAUCCACCCGAUGAUAUGUCUGGUGAUAUGCCUCACGAGCGGCCCAAAUAUCAAGUCAUGGACCAUAUGCCUAGAGUCCUUCACUGCUCCCCUUCUUCCCAACAGUGCAGAACAAUGAUGUUCAAGCAAGAACGAGAUUGGUACUGAGUCCCAGUGGAGGCUACAAGUCUUUUUCAUGGUAAACAUCAGUUCUUCACCACAGACUGCACCCACACCUUUUGCUGAUCCUGGAGCGGCAGAAGACGGCCAUACCAUACACCUGGGAUGCCUCACCAAGUCAUGGCGGCAGGAUCUCGAAAUGUGAAACGGGUAUUGCUCGCGAACGCAUUGCCGACAUUUUUCCCAAGGAGAAUCGCUGCAAGAUACUUUCAGUGUGAAAGUGACACAAAAAAAUGUAUGUGAGGUUGCAGUACCCUGGUGGUAGCACACAUGCUGUGUUUUUGAGGCGGCUCGCAUGUAGAGAGAACUCACAGAGCAGCAAAGGCACAGGGGCCCAAUCGGUGUACGGUGCCGCACACGUGUCUAGGUGUCAUUUGUUGCUAUUUAUUGUGGGCCUGCUUGUCAGUUGUAUUUCGAGCUUUCUCAGGAAUCCAUUACCAAUGCCUAAAGCUUUUCAGUACUUUGGUCUUUCCUCUUCACUUUCUUUCUAGAGCCAAUUGUCUUGUGCAUUCAGGUUAAAAAAUUGCGAGGGUGUACAGUGCAGUCUGUUAACAAUACUUGCUACACCAGAAAAAGUUCAUUACGGCUGUCUGUUACUGUGCAGGCUAUUCCAGUGAUGAAUGUCCGAUUAUUAAUGGCAGGGGAUUUGAGAACAAAUGUUCUUGCUGGCAAAGAUUUGUAACAGUUGUAAACAUGACAAUUUGUUUGAUAAUUUGCUAGUGUGCUCAUUUUAAGUAAUUAGGUUUUACUCAAUGAAUUUAGGUAGCAUCCAGUUGUGGAAUUCAACUCCACUAAUCGUUCGCCAAGUAUAAUUCUAAAAGCUUCAUGCCUUGCACCAGUUUAGAGAAGUACGGCGUUUAUCUAAAGGUCAUCUGUGGAAAUGUGGAACACCAACUAGUCCAUGCCGCAACUCUUCUAAAGGUGCAUUGAAAGGCGAUGUAUUUUGCCGUGCAUUUUCAGUUCAUCAUUCUGUAAAGUUACAGUUAUGCUUUCCGUGCUCACUAACAUAAUUUCUACAGUUACAACACGCACUGUAAAUUUAAUUGGUGAACAUUGAUUGCAUAAAUAUAUUUGCCGUUAUACAGUUUCUACUGUGGCUGUGUAUUUUGCCCAGCAAAAAUUGUCUUUUUGUCUUAUGUCCCCUUUUUUUAGUUCACAGACAAUUGUUGCUGAUGUACCUGGUAGUAUAUCUCUAUGUACUGACAUAUAAUUUCCAUAAUUUCACAGGGUGCAUCAUUUGAGCUUGCUUGGUGACUCUUUACAGGAACCUGUCCUGCAAUUUUCAGUCAACUUUGCCAUUAGAAUUAAUUGCAACAACAGAAAACUUUAGUUUCUUUUCUGCAACUAAAUGUUGGGUAGCGUUCUGAACAUUAACUAUUUCAAAAGGGACAUGUCUAGUUAGAAAUGCAUUCUUAGUUGUACAGCAGACAAGUCAAGCCAGGCAGCCUGUGUAUGGAAUUUACUUGCUGCACAUUCUUUAACAGCAGUUCUUGGAAAUUUCUGAGAUCGCAUGUGGAAUCACGGGGUGCAUUUAUGCGUGCUUGCACCGAUGAUAUAAGAUUUAGACUUGGUGCCACCUGCAUGUUCCAGUUUUGUUCUGUGUGGUGACCAGUUUUCUUAGAAUGCAUCUUUUUUCAGAAGCCAGGAUUUUAUUGUAUUGUUAAGCUGACAGUUGCAUUAUCAUAUGCAGUUCUUUUUUUUUUCCAUAUAACUAGUGCUAAGUGUAUAUUGCUGAACUGGAAUCGUUGUUUAACAUUAUGAAAGCAGUUUACAUUGCUAUGAGCAAACUUUUACAUUGUUUCUAGCAGUAUGUGAAUGUUGCGUGAUAUUACAGUGAGUAAAUGUUGCACUUGGGCUCGGUGCCAUGUGCACAUUUUAAUUUUGUUCGAUGCGAUGACCAGUUCUUCUAGAAACCAUUUUUCAGAAUCUAAGAUUUUGUAUUGAAGGUGACAACUGCAUUAUAAUGUCCAUUUCACGUAUAGUUUACAUUGUUAAAAUGAAUUGUUUUGUUAUGAUGUAAAAGCGAAGCCUUUUCAGAGCCGAGUUUUUUUCUAGAAAUACAGUCAAAUGCCCCUAUAAGAACGCCAACUAGACGCCCAAAAACAAUAUAAUUGUGGUCAUAAAAUAUGACAUAUAGUUCAUACAAGUUUGGUGAACUGAUCUUCUGGUCCUUGCAAGGUUAUGCAUUACUUCGUGACACCAAAGUCUCGGCUGCACUGGUUAGGUUGGACGACCCUUGUAUCACACCAGGCGUGAAGCGCAGCAGAUAUCUAUUGUGAAAGCAGCACCAGCAGUUCACUGAAAUGGUGCAAGGGCUGUAGUCGUCAGCGGGAACUCCCUAGAGGAAUCAUGGGAACAAGGAAAAUGUAUCAGUUAUUUGAAACACAAAUGAGUUUGCGCGAUUCAAUAUUUAAUGAUAUUCGCCUUGUCAAGUUUUGUAUAAUAUGACAAAACGAAGGUCCGAGUUUCAUUUGUUGAAUUUGGCACCGAAAACCAAUGCCAGUGCACCAGUGUGACGUCGUGCGUUUAAGUUAACUUUUUGUAUUUUGGCCACGUUUGUUUAAGAGAAGUUCCUGAAAGUUGCCAUGAUAACGACAUCAUGGCAAGGUAGAGUGGAAACUUCAACGCAAUGGUGCCAUCUGGCUUUUCUAUUUGCAUCUUUUCUUGCUUGCCAAGCAUCAACACAAAUGAAAUAAUUCUUCUCUUUGGUGUUUCAUAAACUGCUCAUUGGCUGCAUGCCUUUGGAGGUCCGUGGUCACCAUCUAUGAUUGUGUUGAAAGCAACUGCACUUUUGUUGUACAAACAGUAGUUUGGUUUUGGGGAGGGGCUGAGUAGUUGUUGUUGGGGAAAGAAAGAUGGUGCUGUUUUUCACAAUUUUUCAAGGAGUACGGCUCAGCGUCUCAGGGAAGGGAUAAGAAAAUAGAGAAAGGAGAUUUGACCCAACAUGUGGAGCAGCAUCUGCAUCCUGUGUCAGCCAAGCGAAGAAGGUUUUAGCUGAUUGCAGUGUGCACGCAGACAUGACGGGAGCUGUCGAGGAGAAAGAGCACAGCCCACGAACUAGCAUCAUACCCACUGGCUGCAUUUUGAUGAACAAUCUGUUGCUCACUGGUGAAAAAUCGAUCACGGUGUACGUGUGGUAGUCAGAGGUGCAGCGGCAGUGAAAAGACAGUGAGGAUGAUAUCGGUCUUGCGAUAUGGCUGCAUUCGAAGGAAGUCACAAGUGCUCGCAUUCGAAGGAAGUCACAAGUGCUUGUAAAGCCUCUAGUUUUAAGGUGAUCAUGAGAAAGCACUCUGCAUUUGUGUUAACAGAAGCUACAUUAAAGUGAGUGUACUUCCAGGAAACUUAUUCAUUAUGAAGACACUUUCUUUAUCUUAUUUUCUUUGUGCAGCUGACAGGGAAUCAAAUUUUUAUUGUGGUGGAAAUUUCAUUGUAGAGGCAUUUGACUGUACGUCAUUUAAUAUUUCAUGAUAUCACUAUGAGCAAUCUACACUGUGUGUCAGACUAUCCUUAAUCAAUGGAGUGCACAUUGUUUCACUACUAUGUGAACAAAAGUCCAUGUUUUGUUGUUAUUGCCUUACCUUGCAUUUCCCAAGCAAUUUAGUGUUGUCUUUGUUUUUUGUGAAGAAGCAUUUUUUUUCUCUUUUAACCUCUGGCAACUGAAGAGGUUUUGAUUUUAAUCUAAUAAAGUUUUGCUUUCUA